GGGCCUAUCCGUCCCGUUGUUCCUACUUCCUAGGGGGGGAAGAAGAGAGAAGCAUCUCUGUGUUGCUGUGCAAGCGACGGCCCGCGUGUCUGCCUCCUCGGCCGGUCUGCAUGCUGUAGCUUCCCCUGCAACCACGGCUCUUCCUCCCACCUCUUAUUCAGUUCAGCUCACUUCUUCUUCCCCGCGUCUCCUCCCCCGCUUUAAAAGCUCCCUCACGAGCUUUCGCUUCACACCUCUUCUUUCCCUCCUUGGCGCCUGCAGCCCAAUCCCUGCUUCCCCUUUCUUAUAUAUAGUACGUCGUUCUUCCUUCCAAGUUGAUCUGAUCACGAUCCAUUUCCAGUCCAAGCUCGUUUCAAGGAACUCCCACAAACAGGAAAGAUCCAUUUCCAUCGCCAUGGCCGGUCUCUCCUCGGUUCUCGCCCACCUGUGUCAAUCGCCGAGAAAAUAAUCAAGAGAUCGAGCAGGGGCACAAGAAGGUGUUGCAUACGUGCGUGCAGCAGCAGAACCGUGUGGUGAGUUGUUUUGUUGGGCAGCGAGAAUGCGGCAAAUCUCGUCGCUGCUGCAGGGGCUGGCCCGUUCGAUGUCUCUGGGAAGGGAGAAGAAGGGCGCGGACGAGGAGGAAAACGGGACGGUGCUGCGGACGUCGGGGGCUCUGUGGGGCGAGGGCUCUCAGACGUUGGCUGCCGCAUGCUCCCGCCGCGGCGACAAGGGCACAAACCAGGACUGCUCCAUCGUCUGGGAGGGAUUUGGGUGCCAAGAGGACACAAUCUUCUGCGGCAUCUUCGACGGGCACGGGCAGUGGGGCCACUACGUCUCCAAAGCCGUCCGGGAGUCGCUGCCGGCGUCGCUGCUGUGCCGUUGGCAGGAGGCCAUGGCGCUGGCGUCGCUCAUCGAUGGCGAGAAGAAGCUCUCCGACUGCCAUUUCGACCUCUGGAGGGAGUCCUACCUGGCCGCCGCCGCCGCCGUGGACGAAGAGCUCCGACGAAACCGACGCCUCGACGCCGUCAACAGCGGCACCACCGCUCUGUCCGUCAUCAAGCAGGGUGAGCUAUUAGUGAUCGUGAACGUGGGCGACUCUCGGGCCGUCCUGGCGACCACAUCGGACGAUGGCAGCGUCGCCGCCGUCCAGCUCACCGUCGAUUUCAAGCCCAACUUGCCUCAGGAGAAGGAGCGGAUCAUGCAGUGCAAGGGGCGGGUGCACUGCCUGGACGACGAGCCAGGCGUGCACCGGGUGUGGCUGCCGGACCGAGAGGCGCCGGGGCUGGCCAUGUCGCGGGCGUUCGGCGACUACUGCGUCAAGGCCUACGGCGUCAUCUCGGCGCCAGAGGUGACGCAGAGAACGAUUAGUGAUCGGGACCAGUUCGUCAUCCUGGCCACCGACGGGGUAUGGGAUGUGAUCUCCAACGAAGAGGCUGUGCGGAUUGUGGCGGCAACGGUGGACAGAGAGAAGGCGGCGAAGCGCCUUGUGGAGUGCGCUGUCCGAGCUUGGAGGCGCAAGCGGCGGGGCUUUGCUGUCGACGACUGCUCGGCGAUCUGCCUCUUCUUCCACUCUUUGCCAUCGUGAACAGUUCCUGUUCUUUUCUUCCCCCAUUGCUGCCAUCAGGACACCGCUGGACAAUGUGUACUGGGUCGUGGAUGUGGCAGGGACUAUCAAUUUUGGCUAUUUUCUCCUUUAUGCCAGCCGAUACAAGUAUCAGAACCACUAGGGGACGUAAAGAUUAUGGAUUUGCUAACGCUUAGCCAUCCAUUUAUGUGAUUCGUGGUCUGCUUCUCCGGCUACUAUUCUUUAAUUUCCCCAGUGAGAAAUGUCCUCUUGCACCUGGGUGCGACCCUGAAUCUGCACCUUAGAAAGCACGUUGAGAUUCGUAAACGCUAUCUUUCUCUUAUAUGUAUUUGGAUCCGUAUGUC